AUAAGCACCCGCAAGACAUAAUAAGUGUUCACCAAAUGCUUAUUGAAUGAAAGCUCUGGCAGACCCAGCUCCACUGUCCCUAAGAAGUCUAAGAGAAAAUGUGGGUAGGACAAAUGUAGAAACAGUUUACUUUAGCAGCCGACAUGAACCUCAGACAAACUUCUCACAUACAUCUGGUUUAAAUCUACCCUAGGCUUUCAGUCCACGCCCUGAAUGGCUGGUCUCCAGUUGGCACUGCCUCUGACUGUGGGCAUUAUGCUCCCACAUAAUAAAACGGAAGCUCCAGAGUUCCACUCAGCUAAGCAAGACCCCUCUGAAAAAGGUGACUCUUCCCAGCGGUCCUCUAUGGGGCACCCGAGGAACAAUGUCCAGCAGAAGCUUUUGAGCAACCAAGAGCUGACUCUGGAUAAUCUCUACACUCACCCCAAAUGGAACACCUGCACGAAAGCCCAGAGCUACUCUUAUCCCUGCUGUGCUGGAAUCAGCCAGCAAGACUCAAGAAGCAAUCCCCAGGGCCAAGCAAAGUGUUUGUUUUACUCACCAGGCCCUCAAUCCCAGUAUCCCAAAGCAAAUAACCAGGAAUUCAUCCCCUUUACAAAGAAGCGAGUUGGGGUGGACCGGGCAUACCCACUGAAACCUGUGUUUCACCGGAAGCCCCAUAGUACAGGUGAGGCUGGCACUGAUGGGGACCAGAAUGUCUCUCCAAGACCCCCUGAGCCAAGAAAGUUUUCAUACAAUAGCUCUGGUUCAAGGAACUGGGUGAAUUCAUCUGUGGUUGGUACAGUUGCUGCCAGUCAGGAGGACAGGGUCAUGGCAAACCCCAACAGGACGGAGUGGAUGCAGAUCCAAAGACUAGAGGCUGCAGGGGAGAGUUUAGAGGAGGAAAUCCGCAGAAAAGAGACUCUUCUGAGGGAAAAGCUGAAGAAGACAGAGGAGGAACUCAGAAGGAUCCAGAAGGAAAAAGAACAGGCUGAGGAAAAUGAAAAAAGAGAGCUGCAGAGAAUGGUACUCCCCGGGAGGAGAGUUAAAGGCAAUACCACAUACAAACCUAUCUUCUCCCCAGAAUUCAUGUCUGAGGAGGUCUUCAGUAGAGAUACAGGAGAGGAUGAAACUUGGGGACGGUCUCAAGAAAGAUCUAGUCCAUUCCAGUUCUCUGAUUAUGGAGUUCAGAAGCUCAAAAGGGAAAGACUGGUGGCAAGCAAUAACAACAUCCGAGACCGAGUCUCAGGGCGAUUGAAGGAGACGUUUUCUCAAGCUUCAGAAGCGCCACUCAGUGCUUUGCGGAGGUCCACCAGCAAUUCUAGCUCGUCUAGGGCACCACACUCCUCGGGCUCCAGCUGUUCCACUGAAGAGCCAGAACUGGGCGAGUGCAGCCACUGUGGCCGAAAGUUUCUCUUGCUCAGGCUGGAGAGACACUCCAACGUCUGCCGCAGGAUGCAGAGCUCCAAGAGGAAAGUGUUUGAUUCCUCCAGGGCCCGGGCCAAGGGUACAGAACUAGAGCAGUACUUGAACUGGAAGGGACCAGCCUCAGUCAAGGCUGAACCUCCUUGGAAGAGCAACUGGAAACAGAAGCACGAAUCUUUCAUCCGUACCCUCCGUCAGGCUCGAGAGGUCCAGCAGGUAAUUGCCAAAGGUGGAAACCCCUCCGACCUGCCUCCCAUCCUGCCUGCAGAAAAUCCAGACUAUAUUCAGUGUCCUCACUGUAGCCGCCACUUUGCUCCCAAGGUGGCAGAGUGGCACAUUCCUAAGUGCAAGACCAUCAAGAACCGCCCUCCACCUCCAAGGAAGCACUGCAGUUGAGCAGACAACAGUGGAAACUUCCUUGAUAGUCCAGAAGGCUCUGCUUCGCUUCAGCAGUAAAUGGGAGUAGAAUAAUUUGAUGCAGAGCAGAAAGAACUAAAACUUUUACAUCUCCCAGGUGUGCCUGCAGAGCUGAAAUCGGUGAAGAGAGAGAGACCCAUUGCUAAGCAGCAGGAGGCAACAGGAAGCCUCCGCUUCCCACUAAAUCACCGCCUCCGGCUGGUGCGCCUCAUGUUAUUGCCCUAAGAACUGAUGGGUGAGGACACGUAAGAGUAGCGAGUAGGCUACAUUAAAGCUCUCUUCUUGCAAGCCUGAUUGUGGUUUGUGCUAGUUAAGUGCCUGCAUUUGCUGUGCCUUCUUGCCACUGCCUCUGCAUGUAUGUCUAUGGCUUCUGUUAACUCCUCUUGUUCUUGCAAGAAGUUGGCUCGUUGGUAUCCGAGGAUCAUGGUAUCUUAUAAAAAAUACAGUUUUGCCGUAAGACAAAUGACCUCCCUGAUACAUGGUCCUGGCCAAAAGUCAAUAUACAAGUAUGGAAGGUUCAGGCGCCAGUAUGUCCUAAAGCCUCCCCAUGUUGUACUGUGUAAUAAAGGGACCCUCAUCUUUAUGUACAAUACUUUACAGGGUAGGGAUGGGGAAAAGCACACUAUGUCUCUGUAGUUGUUCCUUCCUAAUGGAUUUCAUAUGUCAGAAAAAAAAAAAAAAGGAAGGAAGGAACUUUAGUUUCAGCUAUUGCUAGCACUCUGCUUUCAAAUCAGGUUGGUUUAAUGACUUUUAAAAUGAAGCAGCAAAAUAUACCAUCAAAGCAACCUGGGACAUUCUGGUGUCACAUGUCCCUGCUGAUCACAUCACAGUAAACUUCUAUUCUAGAAAGUAAACUUUGAAGGAAAAGAUAGCAGAUCUAAAAUUUUCUCUGGGCAGAAUCAUGCCUACUGCAAGUAACCUUCAUAAUUAGGCCUUCAAUAAAUGGGUUUGGGGAAUUUAAAAUUAAACAAAUAAUAAAAUGAGUGAGUCUUAGACUUGUCAAAUGGGAGAAGUGAUAAGGUAAUGUCUGAUGGGGGAGAAGCUAUCAGUUCAGGUAGGAUGAAGCUAACACAACAGAUCUGAAAUACUAGUAAGAUUACUGUCCUGAGAGUAUCACUCAAAUUGUUAGUUUAAAACACUGGAUAAGCUGUGACAAAGUGAGAGAGUGGCAUGGACAUAUAUACACUACCAAACGUAAAAUAGAUAGCUAGUGGGAAGCAGCCGCAUGGC